UGACAGUUCAGACAAGCCACUAAAAAACUUCAGUCAGAAACGGUAAACAAACGCGGCUUGUCCGAUAAAAAUUUCCAAAAAAUCGUGUAAAUUUGGUCAAAUUCGCCAGAGUUUUGCUGUCCGAUCUCAGCGGAAAUGACAUCCGUGCACACUCCGUCGGUUGCGCUCAGCAAGUACCGGGACCAACAUUUUAAGGGCUCCCGACACGAGCAGGAACGCCUCCUGCGGAACUCGUCCACGCUGUACAUCGGUAACCUGAGCUUCUACACCACGGAGGAGCAAAUUCACGAGCUGUUUUCGCGCUGCGGCGACAUCCGGCGCAUCGUGAUGGGACUGGACAAGUUCAAGAAGACCCCGUGCGGCUUUUGCUUCGUGGAAUAUUACGCGCGGAUAGAUUCCGAGUACGCGAUGCGGUACAUCAACGGAACCCGGCUGGACGAUCGGAUCGUGCGUGUCGACUGGGACGCGGGCUUCGUCGAGGGACGGCAGUACGGACGGGGAAAAACGGGCGGACAGGUGCGCGACGAGUACCGCCAGGAUCACGAUCUGGGCCGCGGAGGCUACGGAAAGAUGGUCGCGAUGGGACAGCUUGGGGCGCCGAACAUGCGCGAAAGCUAAACGGGCAUUCGGGCACAGUAGUUGUGGUCAGGGAGGUUCGGAUUAUUUUCAAUUUAUAACGGUAUCAUAGACUUACGAUUAAAUGUAAAAUAUAUAAGAUUUUGAAUGAAAUAAACGAGGCACCUACUUGCUUUAAA